ACAUGUGAUCGAGAAGCUUAUGAGGCGCCAUCACCAGCUUCCUGGCUAAAACAAACUCAGUUUCUUCGUUUGUGAAAGUAGGUUUUUGCAGCUUUUGUCAGAAAUUUGUUGGCGUACCAAGAAGAGAGUCAAUGGACAUGAAGCAGUCAAGCCUGUGUUAGAAAAGAUGGAUGGUAAAGGAAAAGGGCAUUCCCCAAAGGGUGCCCCCUGGACAUGGAGUAAAGAUGAAAUUCUGUAUCAGAUUGGUGAGAGAGAGAAGAGGAUCGCCCGGAUUAUGCCUCAUUGGAAAGAUCUCAUGAAUGGGGAGCAGCCAAGAACAUCAAAGGCGGAGUUGUAUACUCUUCUCAGUGACUUAAAGGAGGAAGGAAACAUGAAGUUUAAAGAAGAAAUGUAUAACGAUGCAUGGGUACACUACAGGAACGCGUUGUUUAUAGCCAAGAGCCUGGAGACACAACAUUAUGAAGAUGUUGAUAAAGACUUUGUGUCUGCUUUGUUCUCCAACAGGGCCUUUUGCAGUAUCAAGAUGGGGAGAUAUUUUGAGGCACUAGAAGAUGCAAACUUGGCCAUUGAUGUGAGCCUAAAGAAAAAUACCAAAGCGUACUAUCGCAAGGCAGUAGCUUUAAAAGGACUGAAGAAGUACAAGGAAGCCUUGGAAACAGCAAGAGAAGGACAGAAGAGAGCUGAAAGUGGAGAUUUUGGUAAAGGAUUUCAAGACCUUAUCAGUGAACUUUCAAGUAAAGUUCAUAGUGCUAAGGCAGAGAAAGUUGAACCAGUCCGGCUGCCAGCAGAAGCCUCUGCCAACAGUGGCUCUGUGGAAAAAGAGGAGGUUGAUGAGAGUUGGUUACUGGGCACUAAUGUGUUUGUUAGUAAGAAGGCAUCUGAUGUUGGAAAAGAUAACAAAAAGAAGAAAAACAAGAAGAAAAAUGUAAGUCUUGGAGUAAAAUUGAGUGGUGCGGAUGAAGAUGACACAGGGGAUGAAGAUGAAGAAGAAGAUGAGGAUGAAAGCUUGAUCACUACUAUCCCUAGUGCUAAUCGGUUUGAUGCACUAAAUAAUCUUGGCUCUGUCAGCACUGCCUCUACCAGAGAGACUGAGGCAAGCAAAAAACAACCAGAGGUCCAAACCAAAAGUCCAAGUAGAAAUCGAGAUCUGUCUGACUUUGAUCUGUCAGUAGGGAUGGGGCAGCAACAGCUUAUGUAUGCUAUGGAUGCAAGUGCUAACAGUCCCCGCUCACAGCAAGGACAGGAGAGACAAGGCAACCCUUGGCAGCAGGUGGUCCCACAAUCCCCACGUAGAUCCCAACAGUACCAGCAGCCCAGUUAUAAUACAAAUAAUGUACAGUCCCAAGAAGCUGGUGUGGUGCCCUCUAGAGGCCUGUUACCUACUCCUCUUCCGCCUUUCCCACCACCAUAUGACUCGUGGUAUGACUACAGAUUUGCUUGCCGAAACUGCUUCCAGCAGAUAGGGGAGGGGGUUAAUGGCUACAGAUUGUCCACAGUACAGAAUCACCUGUGUGAGGAGAACUUUCUGUUGAUGAAGCUGAAACAAGGCAAUGGACCUUGGUUGAAGAUACGUCCAAGGCCAGUUAAUGUCCAUUUUGUUGGCACUUACAAGCUUUGUAGGCACUUCUUGCAACAGAAGCCGUGUAAUGUGGGGGAAGCACGUUGUACAUUUGCACAUAAUGAUGAAGAAAUGGAAUUAUGGGCUAUUGACAGAGAAGGAGGAUUCAGUAUAGCAGACUUUAUCAGCAAACACACAACCAAUAUUUUGAGGGAGAGGUCCUUACAAGCUGCCAUGGAAGCCAAGAGACAACAACAGGUGUACCCGUCAUCACACCAACAGGGGUAUUCCUCAUCACACCAACAGGGGUAUUCCUCCUCACACCAACAGGGGUACCCAGCAUUACACCAACAGGGGUACCCAGCAUCACACCAACAGAGGUACCCAGCAUCACACCAACAGGGAUACCCAGCAUCACACCAACAGGGAUACCAGGCAUCAUAUGUGCAUGGUGGCCUGAGGCAAAGCAUGGGCAGAGGUCGCGUGAUGCUGACCCCUGGUGGACAAUAUCCUGGUCAUGGCAUGAUGAAUAACCCCAACCAAGGUAUGAGGAUUUUCAGGAGCUCUUCAUCACAGGGAUAUGGCAGAGGGGAGCAAGAUUUCUCCUAUUUGCAAAACAUGCAGAACAGGAUUGUCCAAAUGCCUGUGAGUGGUGGUGAAAAGGGACAAAGAAUUGAAUUUCCAUUGCAGCAAACCCAUACUUUCAAGUUAGUUUGUAGGGAGUGUCUUAAACCUGCUGGUGUGUUGGGUACAUUUGUGCAUGCGCCGCCACCGCAGCAUAACUGUGAAGAAAAUAUGCUGGCUGUGAUGGCUAAAGGAGGCAAUACUUAUGUGAGAGUGCGAGACAGGAGAAACCAUCGUCCAUUUUAUGGCAGUUAUGUCCUCUGCACACACUACACUGGGCUUAACCCUAGAGUAUGUAAAGUAGGGGAGGACCUGUGCAGCUUUGCUCACAACCAUGAAGAACAGAAGUUGUGGAAUCUAGAAAAAGAUGGACGCUUCAAUAUAAUGGAAUUUACUCUACAGCACAAGUCCCAUGAAAACCUGCUGUCCGUGGAGAAGCUUCUCACUAGUUAUGGAGGAGAGUUCCGGUACCUUUGCCAUUCUUGUUUUUAUGGUCAGCCUCCCAGGAUAAGCUAUAGGUCACCACUGGUGAAUCACUGCACGUCGCCAGCCAAGCAUGACUGGGAGGAGAACAAGCUGUUGGUCCACAUGUCGCCAUCAGGGAUCACCACCAUAGGGAAGAAGAAGUUCACAGGGAAGCAGGCAUACUUCAAGUUUUGUUACAUGAAACAGUUCUGUCAGCUGAAAAGCAGCGAGCAGUGCUAUUUUGCCCACAGCUUAGUCGAGAGGGAUGUGUGGUUGUUAGAGAGGGACAGCUCCCUAACCCAGGAUGAUAUUGUCAAACAAAGUGCCCAAAUUGUCAACAAGAGGAACCCAGUGGGAAACAAAGCCCAGAGUAUACCUUUAGCUGCAGAUACACCAGGGCAAGCAGGUGCCCCUUUCCCUGAGGUCAAGCCUCCUGUGGUCUGCAAUUAUAAAGUGCUGUAUGUGUGCGGGCCGUGCUUCAGGCAGGGGAACAUUAAGACAAAGAACAAAGACCAGGAUCGUUGUGCUGCAGGACUGGGACACCAGUGGGAGGCCAACAAGGUUUGUCUUCUCCAGGGUCCCAAUAAAAUAAUCAGAGCUUUGCCAAAGAGGAUCCCAACAGGCCUGAAAUUUGUGAUUUGCAAGAAUUUGAGCACCCGCAGGAGCUGUGAUUUUGCCAGAGGAGGCCUUUGUCAGUUUGCCCACAGUAAUGAAGAAAUAGAAGUAUGGAAAUGGCAAGUUCAAAAUAAUGUAUUGACUCUGGAUGAGCUGGUAGCAGCCAGCACUAGAACACAGGAAGAAAACGCAGCCAAGUCGAAAAUCGUCAAGGGACAUACAUCAGUCACUGUCCAAAAAGCUGGCCCAAGCAGACCGGCCAUUGUCCCCUCUGACAUGGUCCAGAGUGUGAACUACUGCAGCUACUGUGGCGUACAGUGUAAUAGUAAGAAGCAGUGGGAUGACCACACCACUUCAGACAGACAUGUGUUCAAUGUGAACUCUGACAAGGAACAUCAGUGGAACUACAGGCAGCCACCUUGGGGGAUUUCAACUGGAGGAUAUGAGCUGUGUCACAGGCAUUUGAAUGGAGGCACCUGUAAGUACUCCAACAUGCCAGACAUGUACAACAGCUGCCGGUAUGCCCACAGUCAGGAGGAGCUGGACGAGUGGAAGGAGAGGUAUCAGUGGCGCCAGAUGAAGAAGCAGAUGGCAAAACAACAGAAAGUCUACUCUUACAUGGAUGAGCUGCUGGAGAAUUAUGAAAAUUCUGAUUCUCCUAUAAGUGUGCUGGCAGACCAGUUGCCAUAUGUGAACAUGGAAGUAUCAGAUGAACUUAUCCAGUACAAACAGCAGAAGAAGAGUGAACAUCUUUGGAGCUUCACCCUGGAACCAGAUAUUGAUAGAAAACUGGCAAAAGUGGCAUUGCUGUACAACAAAGAUCGUCUUCACUUUGCCCUUCACAGCGAUGACCUGUCAAAGAAUUGCCAGGUAGCGGAUGGCGAGUUCUUUGAAGAGGAAGAUGAAAAAGGGCAGCUGAGUUAUAGAGUAGAGGUCCAUUUUACUGGGGGAAUGUUUGGUUCCUUCAGCCAGUGGGUGGUAUUUGACUUUGGAGUCAAACCAGCGUUGUACAGGAAGCUGCAGGUGGAGGUGGGCACAGAAGAGGCUCAUGAGAAAGUCAAGGAACUGAGAGAGAAAUUGACUUUUGACAGAUGGACUCUUACAAAUAGAGAAAUUGUCAAAAUAGAUUACAACUUGACAGACGAACUCACUGCUACAGCUAUGCGCCAGUAUAAAGAGCCAUCGUCUGCCGAUGCUGUGAUCACACAGGACAGUGUGAUAGUGGAGCUGAAUAGACACAACUACGAGCACAAGAUGCAUAAACUUCUGGAAGUAGAGGAGCUUACUCGGAGUAAUAUGAUAUCAGAGUUCAACCUCCUGACCACCCUGGAGUUAACAGACAGCAUCAAGGAGGACACCUUCAUCUUUGCCUGUCCAGGUGAACUGUUUGCCCGAGUCCCUCUCAAUGACCAGCUGAGCGAGGACACCAAUGCUGGGAAACUGGUUCUGACCAGUGUGACCACAGUCCUGCUGGCACCCAAAGACAGCUCCAGUCACAAAGUCUACGAGGCAAUCAUUGUGCAGAAAGAAAACUUUGACUACGAUGGCCGAGGCAAAGAUUACAUCUACAUGUGCCUGUCUGCCAAGUGCUGCCAGCAGCUGGGUUUGAAAGCUGGGAAGAAGAUCGAAGUCCAGAUUCAGUUCCAGAUGAACCGAGCACUGUUCUCCUUGAUGCAUUUUGCUCUGGAUCAUCUGAAGAAUGUGGACUUGGUCUUCCCUGAUGUCACCAAGGUUAACCCUGUGUGGAAUGUGGUGCACAAUCUUAAACUCAGCUCUAGUGUGCUCAAUGAUGACCAGAUGAAGGUGGUGCAGCACAUUGUGGCUGAGAGGACAGGAUACACGCCACCACUCAUUGUCUAUGGACCGUUUGGGACAGGAAAGACGGAAACAUUGGCACAGUCUGUGAUGAUAUUGCUGAAUGAAAGACCAGAUGCUAGGGUCUUGAUAUGCACUCACUCCAAUAGUGCUGCAGAUUUGUACCUGUUGCGCCAUUUGGAUCCAUAUGUGAAGAAAAAUUCACCUAAUAUGAAGAUCCGAAGGGUGUACUUCAGAAACAGGCGUGUUAACACGGUCAACCCAGCGGUCAAAAAGUACUGUUUGUUGUCAGAUGACAAGCAGAGCUUUGUGGACCCCACAGCAGAAGACAUCAGAGAACAAAGAGUAGUCAUUGUCACCCUGUCCACCUCUCUGUUACUGACAGUCCUCAACUUAAAGGGUCACUUCACUCAUAUCCUGGUGGACGAGGGUGCCCAAGCUCUGGAGUGUGAAACCAUCAUGCCCUUCACUCUAGCUGAUGAGAACACCUGUAUGGUGAUAGCAGGGGACCACAUGCAGAUGAGUCCCAAGGUUUACAGUCCAGAGGCGAGGAGACAGGGCUUCCACAAGUCCUUCCUUGAAAGACUGUACACACACUAUGAUAAGUACUCCCACCAGAGCGACUGUGGCCACCUGAAGGUUCUACUGAAAAAGAACUACAGGUCAAAGAUGGAGAUCCUCAGGUUUAUAUCAGCUGUAUUUUAUGGUGGCCCUGAAAAACUGGAGUCCAUGGCUGACUUGCCUGAUGUGCCGAACUUAUCACCUCUCAAUUUUUAUGCAGCCCAAGGCAGUGAGAUUCAGGAUGAUGACAGCACUUCCUUUUAUAACCUGGCUGAGGUGGAGGAGGUAGCAGACAGGGUGGAAGAGCUGUGGAAUACCUGGCCACAGGAAUGGGGAGACAAGAGACCUGAUACCAUAGGGGUGGUGGCACCAUACACUGAUCAGGUUACAAGAAUAAGACGAUCACUUAGGCGAAAGAACCCCCAACUUGGACAGGUGAUUGUAGAAAGGGUCAUGAAUGUACAAGGAAAAGAGUUCCGAGCUCUGUUCAUCAGCACAGUAAGAAGCAGGCACCUGUUACAAUCCAGCCCAGCAAUCAGUGCUGCAGCAGAAUGUGACGGUGAAGGUGGAGACUAUGGGUUCCUGUCAGACCAGAAGCUUCUGAACACAGCAUUUACUAGGGCUCAGUCAUUUGUAGGCAUAGUAGGAGACCAUGUGGCUCUGUGUGCCUUAGGAGACUGUAUGACAGUAUGGAGGACAUAUCUGAAGCACUGUCAGAAUAUGAAGAGUAUCUACCCCCAGAAUCUGACCCUUGACGCUGUCAAAACUGCUGUGAUCAGCAUGAUGAACUCAGAUGAAGGAAGAAUGUACCAGGAAGCUCAGAUGCAGCUUACUUAUGAAGAAGAAGAAGAGAACGCAGAGUCAGGUAGUGCAGCCAGAGAAGCAAUCCUUACAGAAAAUGUUGCAUGUAAUGGCACAAGUGCAGUGGAAGGUGGUGACGUAAUGGUGAAUGGUAACAGUGAAGGGCAGGCACUGGUUAAUGGCAUGGCCUCGAUGGCAAUUGGUGAUGAUGUCCCCUUAUCUGCUACAACAGCUUCUGGACCAUUGGGACUCAAGCAGGCUAAUGGGGGUAGAGAAGGUGUAGGAUCUGCUGAAAAUGAUUGGGAGAUGUACUUGGAGUUUCCACCCAGUGAAGUUCUAGGCCAGCUAGCCAAAGAGUCAAACAGACACAUGCUACAGUCCCUCAGAGAGAAGGGAAUGGUCUUUGAUUCUGAAGAAGACCAGCUUAUCCAUCAUCGGUCUCUCAAGUAUCUUGGCUGUAAAGGGCAUAUUAGUAUAUAUCAAGCAACCAGUUGGCUUACUCCCCAGAUCUUAAAUGAGUAUAAGGAUGUUUACCUCAUGGAUGAAAUAAGAGAUAAUGAAGUAAGCAGUUUACCUGAUUUCACAACCAAACAACUAAAAGGUCUAGUGGACAAAAUGCCUUCCCAAUUCAAACAGUGUAUUAUCCACAGGGAUUCCAGUGAGAUAUAUGGUGAAGUCUUGGGUAAAGAGUCUGACAUUCACAAAGUGGUGAUUGGCAGCAGUACAGAUUGCAAGUCUGCCUGUAACCUGGAUGAUGUGGUGGUAGAAGUCAAAGCUCAUGUAGGCUCUGAAAUAGUUGGUAGAGUUGCAGGAAUAUUGAAGAGAGCCAGAGAUCCUCUUAUCCAGUUGUUUGUUUGCCAGGUAAAUGAGGAGAGCACUGGCAUUCUAACACCCAUCAAUUCUAAUUUUCCAAUCAUCUAUAAUCUAGAGAGUUUGAGUAGAGCCUCUCCACAGCCCAAGGGAGAUGAAGUAUGUGUUUAUGCCAUCCAAAAUUCAGAGCAUCAGAAAGUGGUAUUUGAUCACCAUGAAAGCAUCAACCUUUGUGACAUCAGUAGCAAAUUGUUUGUGGUGAAGUUUGCCAAGUGGGAACCAAGCCUAGAUGCCCCAGUUGGUAUUGUUAUAGGAGUACUCCCCAGGGGGGACACCAUCCCCAGUGGAUUACGCAUCCUUUCCAUAGAGUAUAGCAUUGCGAGAAAGUUCUCUGUGGAGGCCAUGAUCGAGUUGCAGCACUUAUACCCACCCUCCUACAGCCCCCCUCAACCAGUGAUUUCAGAUAGAUUGGACUUCAGAGAGAAGAUGACAUUUGCCUUCAAGUCCCCAGGCUCUUUGUACAUCGACAACUGUUAUAGCAUAGAGCAGCAGCCUGAUGGGACCUACCUUCUAGGUGUACAUGUUACUGAUGUGGCCUUCUUUGUGAAGAAGGGGAGCUACUUGGAUGAAGAAGCAAGGAAGAAAAUGAACACCUUCCACUGUAUAGGACAAGAAGCGGCUGGCAUUAUACCAGAGCAGUUGCAAGCCAACCACUGUUCUAUUCAAGAAGGCCAGGAUAGAUUAGUGAUGUCCGUUCUUCUCACUGUCCAGUUAACUGGACAGAUAAUUCAGGCCCAGUUACGCAAGUCUGUGGUCAACACAAAAUAUGUUGUUGAGAACAGCGAGGCAGAAAAAGUGUUAAAGGGGGUCAGUGAUGUCUUGCCCAACAAUAUAGCCACCACUCUUAAGUUUGUCCACCACUUGGCCAAGAUGUUUGCAAAGAUUAGAAACGGUAAUUCAUCUUUGUUUAACCCGGCUCUCGUCUCCAGUCCAGAUGCACCAGAAGUACAGUUCAUAACUAAAGAGCUGAUGAUUAUGGCCAAUUACCAGCUGAGCAGGAUUUUAGUGGAGAUUUUCCCACGCUGCACCCCACUAUUAUGCCAGGAUUCCCCUAGAAAUGGGAUCUUUGACAACUGGAAACUAGCUGCUGCACCACUGGCUAAGAACUCGGUGGCCUUCGCCCAGUAUUACCACCCUGUAGGGGGCAUGUGUGCCUGUGUUGGACACCCCUGUGGCUGUGCAGAGGAGGCAUGUGGUCCAGUAGAAGACCUGGAGUAUUUAGAUGUGCAGACAUCAGUCUGGGGAGGGAUCCUCCAGGCCACACAACUUAAUGAUGUGGUAGAGCUUUGUAGGCUAAUUACCACCCCACAUCAUCACCCACAGUUAGCUGUGGCUGCUGUCCAGAUGCAGAAGAUGCAAAGUAAGCCUAAAUAUGCCUGUGCAGAUGUCAAGUAUGUACAGCAACAUAACUUUGGACUCAACCUCCCGUACUAUAUGAGUUUCACAGCACCAACCCAGACCUACAUGGAUAUUGUAACACAGCAUUUGAUUGGUGCUCUCCUGGAGUCCAAGCCUAACCCAUACACAGAGGAGGAGAUGGGGGAGUUAUGUGAGGCUGCCACUCAUUCCCUUGUGAGAGUGGCUAACUUCAAAGAAGAUGCCCAAACUUUGUGUAUUGCACAAGCAUUCAAGGAGAAACCACUUAUGACUGCUGGGAUUAUAAGCAGUUUAAAUCAAGACAAUGUCAAGAUAAUCCUCCCCUUCUUGGCUGAGGUAAAAGAUCCAGAAUUUAACAUCCCCCUUCAGCAAGUUGGUAAUGCCCAGUGGAUGACGACUCAGGAAGGGAAGGAGAAGACAUUAGUAGUACAAUGGAUGGAGAGGAUAUAUGAUAUGCAGCUUGACCCAUUGUCAGGUAGGGAGAAUGAUGCCCCUCUGGUCCUCAACCCCAAUCCGUACAUCAUCCAGAUCCCAACAAGUGACUGGCAGAAGAUUAUCCAGUCCCUGAUCAAGGAAGACUUCUCCAAUGUGAACCAGGUGAUCAGUGCAGCAGGGAUGAGAGCCAAGUUCCCAAUGAUAGAUGAUGGGUACGUGACUGAGGUGUCCUCAGAGAUGAAGAAAGGACUGCCCUUUAAGAGGCAGGAGUGUGAAUUUAGCCUAGUACUUAAACCCAGUGGUGUCAUAACAGUGCAGGUCAGUGCGGAUGUUGUCCAAGGCAUGCUGCGUCCAGUUGUCCAGCUGAUAAGUCUUACGCCCAACCUGGACAUUUGCCUAGAACAUGCCAGGAGUCCUGUGAAGUGUUUCACUAGUGCAGCAGCCAAAUAUGCAUCUAAACAGAAUUACACUGAUGUGAAUGCUUACCAGAAGGCUUGGCUGCCAGCGCUGGCUGUAGAGGCUGCAGAAAUUGCAUGUGAAAGUGGAGAAAGCUUUAUCCUGCAUCAUGUCAACAUAAGGUGGCAGGUUAAUGACGUCCCCACGGGAGUCAAAGCAGUAGGAAUGUUCACCAUGCCGCUCUCUUUCUGUAAACAGCGUCAGAUGAGUUUUGUAUGCGAGCUAGAAAAUAGAAUGACAGGUGGAGAAGUAAGUGUGCCAUAUGAGGAUUAUCUGUGUAUCAGGUAUCAAAACAUAGCUGUUGCCUCUCCCAGUAACUACAGUCAUCUCUAUGGUAAUGAUCCAGUGUGUUGGGUGCUCCACUGCGUCACAACAAACCUAACAGUAUCACCAAGACAGGACAAGGUAGUAGUGAAUGUGGUACUAAACCAGACAUCUAUGGAUAUCCCGCCUGUGUUCCUGACUCCUGAGAGUGCUUCAUUGCCAUGCACUCUGCAGUGGAUAUCAAAGCCUAAGCAUCUUAGAAAUACAGAAAUGGCUAUUAAAGAAAUGGUUAAUUCAUCUCAGUUGGUGAAGGAUAUAGCACUUGGAAACCCAGCAAUAUCAACUGGUGUGGCACCCUCAGUAGUUAAUCAGAUGAUGGAGAAACUUUUCCCUGGUUGUAAUCCCCUGAACACAGAGCAGCACCGCGCCUUGUCCUUGGCAUUAUCGCAGUCCUUCACAGUGAUCCAAGGUUGUGCUGGGACAGGGAAGACAGAGCUAGCAGCCAGACUAGCUGUCAUGUUUGUAGACAUGAACUGCCCCCAGCAGAGCCUGGUUUCCUCCACAGCUGUACCUGCACAGGUGUUACUGUGUGCCUGGUCUGAGAACAGCUUAGAUAACCUGAUGAAAUGCCUGAAGAGUUUGGGACCAGGGGCACCAAGAAUGGUGAGAGUGUACAAUGAUAGUAUUGUCAGGCAGGCCUACCCCAUGCCUAGGCGGUUUGAUGGGACAGAGGCCAAUAUGUAUGACCUUGCCAGUGGUGAUAAAACAGAUGUGGAUAAAGAAUUAGCUUUACACCAUUUCAUUAGGCAUCCUUCAAAUUCCAAAUGCACUGAGAUAAGAGUGUUUGACUUGCUUUUCAAGGAAUAUCCUCAGGAAGUUACUGAGGAGCAGCUAAUGAUUUAUGAAGACAAAGUCCUAGCUGCUGAGAGGGAUGAAUUAAGCAAAGUACAGUUGAUCCUGUGCACCAUUGCCACCAGUAAGAAACUUAUAGCAAGGGCUAAUAUCAGACAGGUAAUUAUUGACGAUGCAGAGAUGUGUACAGAACCAGAGACUAUAGCACCACUGGUUUACUGCAACCCAAGACAGGUGGUUCUAGUGGGAGAUAUUCAGCAAAUGAAACCAAGAGUUUGGAGUAAAACUGCUAGAAAAUUAGGGCUUGAAGUUUCUCUUUGUGAAAGGUAUUCCCAGAAGGCUGUUCAGUUGAAGACCCAGUACAGAAUGCACCAAGGUAUCUGCAGGUUCCUGUCCCCUGCUAUAUACAAGGGGUUACUGUGUGGGACAGAGGACUUGCUGAGGCCCUCCAACCUAAGUAUGUGGCCAGCUGGCCCAGUCUGGCCUGUACUGGUUCACUCUGUCUUAGGUGAGGCCGAGACUGUCACAGUGAACACUGGGGGGAAUAAGAAGAAAUGCUCUAGGAAAAAUGACUUGGAAACAAAGCAUGUAGUUGAUUAUUGUGCCCAGCUGGUCACAACCUAUGGUAUAAGUCCAGGCAGUAUUGUGGUACUCUCCUGUUAUGAAGGACAGAAAGAGGAGAUCAGUAAUCAGUUGAUGCAGAAAGAGUUGGCUGACAUUUCUACACAGACAGUACUACAAGCACAAGGUAAAGAAUGGGACUAUGCUGUAUUUUCAACAGUGUGUUCCUUGCCUGCUAUCAGACAGGAGCACAAUCCAACUAUUGCCUGGAAGGAGGAACAUCUUGGACCCUUGGCAGACCACCACAUGGUGACAGUGGCCCUGACAAGGGCAAAGAAGGGCUUAAUUAUUAUUGGUAACACUGGCCUUUUGGAGUGUGAUGGUAAGUGGAGGCAGCUGUUACAAAGUUACAGACAACUUCCAGGUGCAGUUGUCCUAUAAUCAACUAGCCUGGUUUAGGAAGAGGUAUCAAAGAAUAACUAAACUGCUGCACUAGCAAGGAUGCUAUGUUGCUCUUUAAAUGGAUGAUAGAAUAUGGAACCCUAGACUUAUGCUUACAGACGUGGUCAAUAAUUUACGUGUAAAAGUUUGCUGUCUUUCAUUUAACAUACACUCUUGAUGAAAUACACUCCAGUUGAGGACAGCCAAUUGCUUUCAGUACUUCACACUUAUAUUUGCUUUUAUAGUACAGGAAACAACUUUAUAAUGCACAUACAUUUUUAAUAAUAUGCGGACAAGGGAAAAUUGAAAUUUAUUUUACAUGGUAAAAGCCAAUUGAUGAAAGAAAGUCCAUUCCAUCAAAACUUUUGUUUUUGUGGAAAAGUGUAUUCAUCUUUUACCAUGAUUAUACUGAACAUGUUGACCCGGAUCAUAGGAUUUUCCUAACACUUUCACAGUUACAUAAUUGAUAGACCCAGGAAUUUAUAAUUGGCAGAUGCAUGCACCAGCUUUAAAAUGAUGAGCCAAAAUGUGAAAAAGCUAGUGCCUUGAAUGAAGUCUUGAAAUUUUGCAAAGGAAUUCAGUAUUGACAGAUUUGUGAUGUGGAAUUUAGCACCAUUUUAUUGUUUCAGAAGUGUAAUUGCUAUUGUUCUCAGCUACAGAGACAAAUUCAUUUAUUUUUAUUUAGUGGUGAACAGUUUAAUUUGAAAAAAAAAUAUUAAAGCACAAUAUUAACAUUAA